GGGACUCGGCUGUCAUGGCUCCGAACCUAAACAGAGAGCAAUGAAUAACGACACAGUUAGUUGUAGCUUUGAGCCAAAAUAACUUCAGCUACAUUGUACCUGUAAUUUUCAGCCGGAAAAACAAGUGCCAGGGGAAAACAUGUCCGGUGUAAACAAAGCCAUUGAGUUACAGCUUCAGCUGCGGCACAAUGCGGAGGAUCUGCACAGCUUCAUGGCGGACAUGGAGAGCUGGGAGACGGAUAUCAAGAAGAAGGAUGCGGAGCUGAGGACGGGAGUACCUCAGGAGGCCCAGAAGAAUCUCCCCCCUGUGCGCAACAAAGACUACAAAACAAAGAUGAGGGAAAGGAAGAAGAAGAAGAAGAAGAAGGAGCCUACGGGCAGCGACGACUCAACGGCGGAGGAGGCCAAAGAAGCAUCAAGGAUAAAAGCAUACGACUAUAAAUCAUGGGACAAGUUUGAUGUGGACAAAGCUCUGUCGGAGAUGGAUAAGGAGGAAAGUCCUGCAGAGUCAAAUGAGUCGAACUCUGAGGAAGCGCCAGCUGAUCAAGAGACGGCUCUUUCUGAGAGAAAAAAGGGCAACGUGUUUUUCAAAGAGGAGAAGUACGACGAUGCUGUGGAGUGUUACACCAGAGGGAUGUCUGCAGACCCUUACAACCCUGUGCUUCCCACAAACCGAGCCACCUCCUUCUUCAGACUCAAAAAGUAUGCUGUGGCAGAGUCUGACUGCAACUUGGCAAUAGCUCUGGACAGCAACUACUUUAAAGCGUAUGCACGGAGAGGAGCGGCACGGUUUGCGCUGAAGAAAUACGAAUCUGCAUUAGAAGAUUAUGAGACGGUUCUCAAGCUUGACCCCGGGAAUGUGGAGGCACAGAACGAAGUGGGAAAAAUCACAGAGACUAUCGGUCAUCGAGCACCGGCCGCCCCAAGUGGAGCCACACAGCCACAGGAGGCUCCCACAGCGAACCCUGAGCAGCAGAGACUGGUGGAGGAGCAGCAGAGACGACAGGAGGCGGCUGUACAAAAAGACAGAGGGAACGCCUAUUUCAAAGAGGGGAAGUAUGAAGCGGCUGUCGAGUGCUACAGCAGAGGCAUGGAGGCGGACAGCAUGAACGUCCUGCUGCCCGCCAACAGAGCCAUGGCCUUCCUCAAGCUGGAGAAGUAUGAGGACGCAGAGGAGGACUGCACCAAAGCCAUUACUCUGGACAGCACUUACUCCAAGGCUUUCGCCCGCCGUGCCACCGCCAGAGUGGCUUUAGGGAAACUGGAGGAGGCCAAACAAGAUUUUCAAGAGGUGUUAAAACUGGAACCAGGGAACAAGCAGGCCCUGAAUGAGCUCCAGAAACUCCAGAUUAACGUGGCACCUAGCGGCCUUCUCCAGACACCAGACGGCACACAGAGGAGAGCCGUUCAGCCGGUAGACAAACCAACACAUCUGCGGUCAACAAAACCCCUGAGGAGGAUCGAUAUCGAGGAAGUGAGCGGCGAGGUGACCGCGUCUGAGGUGGAGUCCGGUGGGUCCAAGUUCUUCAUCCAGGAGGCUCCGCGGGAGGCCGAGGAUGAAUCCUCUCCGCUGUCGACGUCACCGAGCGCCAAGAUGAUCAAGAUUGAGGAGAUGGCAGAAGUCCCCUCGCACACAUCUAACCAAGUCCCUGCGAGCAGGCUGACCAAACAGCCAGCGCAGAGGGAAAUCGCUUCCCCGGCUGAACCGCCAGCGAGCCCCUCCUCCACAGUAGCGGAGCUGCCCCCCCCACCCGCCAACAGCUUCCAGCUGGAGGCCGACCUCCGCAAGGUCGGACACCAGCCCGAAGUGAUUUACAGAUAUCUGAGGCAAAUCAAACCCGAGGCGUUCGCAAACAUCUUCCGCAACUCCCUCGAACCGGACGUUCUCAAUCAGCUCCUGGGGACACUGCAUGGUUUCUAUAUCAAGAACGAAGCCCCGGCCGUCACGCUGGGGGUCCUCAGGAGCCUGGCGAGUGUGAGGCGCUUCGACAUGGCUGUCAUGUUCCUGUCGUCCUCGGAGAAGAAAGUGCUUAAGGAACUGUUUGACUUCCUUCACCAAGCGGCGCCGGAGGGAUCGUCAGUCGCGGCCUUGCAGAAGAAGUACGGCGUGUGACGCCGAGAGCGCGAUAGUCUUUUUAAACCUGCAGUACUCCAUUAUUUUCAAAGCCGAAGGAACAAUGUAGGUGUAUUCUACUACUGAAUAAACUUAGCGUGAACUUUCAUUCAGUUGCACUGCUGUGUUACGGCCCUGUCGAAAUACGAUGUUAUCGACUUCCUGUCUUCAGAAAACUUAUUUGAUCUAGUCUUAGUCAGAAAUUCACAAAUUGUUGAUCUUAGUUUUGACCUUUUGUGCAUUAUAAAAUUGUUAAAGGCAGAGAUCUCCGGUGUAGAAUCCUGUUCCAUAAUUCAAAAACUGUCAUUAUACUUGAAAUAAUCUGUCGAUGUUCAACCAUUUAUUUCACAACUGUUUUCAUAAAUGUAUCAGCAUGCAAACCUGAAAGAAAAGGGAUGUUCCCUGGACACGAAGUGGGAAUUUCCAACUUCCCAAUACUUUUCUGAAUGCAGCGCAAGUCUGGAUUGGUCCGGCUCUGUUUGACUGUCGACUAGAAGUCUCUUUGCAGAAGCUCAACAACAAUUAAAGGUGUAUUUUGUAAUGUG